UACAGUUAUAAAAUAAAAUGUUAAUCGGUGUAAAAUCACUUAAAUUAUUUCUGUGUCCGAAUUGCUUUGCUUAACAUUAAGCAACAAUUAGUGUGAAUCUUGUGCGAUAAUUUCCAAUUUAAGCGCGUAAGUUUGAUGAAUUGUGGGAAAUUUAAAGGUCGUUCACAAGUGUAUGAAUCACGCAUUGCGGCAUGCGCACUAGCCCCGUUCUCUCUUUGUUCGUUCAUUGUGCGCUUUAAGCCAGCGUUCUAUGUGAUUCUAAGUGAAAAACCGACCGAUUGACAUUGAUAUAUGGUUAUAUUCGCGCAAAUUCCUCGAUUGACCCGAAACUAAUCAAACUGUGUCCUUUCGUGUCCGAUGUCUAGUGCUGAAAUCGCCGAAGGCUCCGUCGAUCCCCCAACUAAGAAGCGGAAGCUUGACUCAUUGCCGAUUUCAACAGACAUGGCGAACAACGGCGCUUCUGGAUCGUCUCAGCCGUCCCAGGACAUCGAUGAGGGCCUCUACUCGCGCCAGCUGUACGUCUUGGGGCACGACGCCAUGCGCCGCAUGGCUUCCAGCGACGUGCUCAUCUCGGGUCUCGGCGGCCUGGGCGUCGAAGUCGCCAAAAACGUCAUCCUCGGAGGGGUCAAGUCCGUCACGUUGCAUGACGAAGCCGUUUGCACCGUCGCCGACCUCUCCUCGCAGUUCUACUUCUCGGAAGCCGAUGUCGGCAAGAACAGGGCCGAAAUCUGCUGUAAGCAGUUGUCCGAACUCAACACUUACGUCCCCACGAAGGCCUACACGGGCCCCCUCACUCCCGACUUCAUCCUCAAGUUCCGAGUUGUCGUCCUCACCAAUAGUUCCCUAGCUGAGCAAAUGCAAAUCAGCGAAAUCACACAUGCCAAUAACAUUGCACUCAUUGUGGCCGAUACGAGGGGGCUGUUUGCCCAAGUGUUCUGUGAUUUCGGAGAUGCUUUCACGGUCGUUGACACUAAUGGAGAGUCACCGGUCUCGGCGAUGAUUGCUGAUAUUUCGAAAGAUAAAGAAGGUAUUGUCACUUGUAUCGACGACACUCGCCAUGGAAUGGAAGACGGCGACCACGUCACAUUUUCCGAAGUUGAAGGAAUGACCGAAUUGAACAAUUGCAAGCCGAUUAAAAUCAAGGUUUUAGGCCCUUAUACCUUCAGUAUCGGCGAUACGACCAACUUCUCAAAAUACGAGCGCGGCGGUAUCGCCACUCAAGUGAAAAUGCCCAAAAUCUUGUCGUUUAAAUCACUCAAAGACUCGUUAAAAUCCCCCGAAUUUUUGAUGACCGAUUUCGCGAAAUUUGAUCAUCCGCAACAAUUGCAUCUUGCUUUUCAAGCGUUGCACAAAUACGUUGAAAAGCAUGGACGAGUACCGAAACCAUGGAACAACGAAGACGCAUCCGAAUUUUUAUCCAUAGCUAAAUCUUUGGCCGUCGACGGCGGAAACGAUACCGAAGUGAACACUAAUUUGUUAGAAACGUUUGCCAAAGUGUGCGCGGGUGAUUUAAAUCCGAUUAAUGCGACUAUCGGUGGUAUCGUAGCUCAAGAAGUUAUGAAAGCUUGUUCGGGGAAAUUCCAUCCGAUUUAUCAGUGGUUGUAUUUCGAUGCGAUCGAAUGUUUGCCUACGGAUUCCGGGGAAAUUACCGAAGAGUCGGCUGCCCCUAAAGGGACACGGUAUGAUGGACAGAUUGCUGUUUUCGGAAGCGAAUUUCAGAAGAAAUUAGGAGGUUUGAAAUAUUUCGUAGUAGGUGCCGGUGCGAUUGGUUGCGAAUUACUUAAAAAUUUCGCUAUGAUGGGAAUUGGUGGUGAAGGUGGUCAAGUCACCGUCACAGACAUGGAUCUUAUAGAAAAAUCUAAUCUCAACAGACAGUUUUUGUUUAGACCACAUGAUGUUCAGCGUCCUAAAUCCGGAACAGCGGCAAAGGUGAUCAAGAAAAUGAACCCGAGCAUAAACAUAGUCGCUCAUGAAAACCGCGUCGGUCCCGAGUCUGAAAACAUGUACGACGACACUUUCUUCGAGUCUUUAGAUGGCGUUGCAAACGCUUUAGACAACGUCGAUGCUCGCAUUUACAUGGACCGUCGAUGCGUCUAUUACCGAAAACCUCUUUUAGAAUCUGGAACCUUGGGUACAAAAGGCAACACCCAGGUCGUAGUGCCUUUCCUCACCGAAUCAUACAGUUCGUCACAGGACCCUCCCGAAAAGAGCAUCCCGAUUUGUACCCUUAAAAAUUUUCCUAACGCCAUCGAACAUACUCUCCAAUGGGCUCGUGAUAAUUUCGAGGGCCUUUUCAGACAGAGCGCUGAAAACGCUUCUCAAUAUCUCACCGAUCCUGAAUUUCUGGAACGUACUAUUAAAUUGCCUGGAGUUCAGCCAAUUGAAGUGCUAGAAUCGGUCAAAGCAGCUUUAGUUGAUGAUAGACCAAAGAGUUUUGAAGACUGUGUUGAAUGGGCAAGACAUCAUUGGGAGGAACAAUAUUCCAAUCAGAUCAAACAGUUGCUAUUUAAUUUCCCACAAGAUCAAAAGACUAGCACUGGUCAGUUGUUCUGGUCGGGGCCGAAAAGGUGUCCAGUACCACUCACGUUCGACGUGAACAAUACCUUGCAUUUGGAUUAUAUUUUUGCCGCGGCUAAUCUGAAAGCCGAGGUUUAUGGGAUACCGCAGAAUAGAGAUCGGGCUUACAUCGCCGAAGUGGUACAGAAAAUUCAAGUACCCGAGUUCGUGCCGAAAUCUGGCGUCAAGAUCGCCGUCACCGAUUCGCAAAUGGCAAUGACGAACGGCUCAAGCGUUGAUUUGGACCGCGUAAGCCAAAUUAGGGAGGAAUUACCGUCUGUAGCCGAAUUGGGCAAUCUUUGUCUCACUCCACUCGAGUUCGAAAAAGACGACGAUACAAACCUCCACAUGGACUUCAUAGUGGCCGCUUCAAACCUGCGAGCCGCCAACUAUAAAAUCCCGCCAGCUGAUCGACACAAGUCGAAGCUGAUUGCUGGCAAAAUCAUCCCAGCUAUUGCGACAACAACCUCAGUCGUGGCCGGUCUCGUCUGUCUCGAGUUGUAUAAGUUGACAAGAAGCUUAAAAUCAUUGACACCGUUUAAGAACGGUUUUGUCAACUUGGCUCUGCCAUUCUUCGGAUUUUCGGAGCCGAUUGCUGCGCCCAAGAACGAAUACUGCGGGAAGGAAUGGACGUUGUGGGACAGAUUCGAGGUGGAUGGAGAGAUGACUUUGAGUGAGUUCCUGGAGUACUUCAAGGAGAAGCACGGUUUGGAGAUCACGAUGUUGUCGCAAGGGGUUUGCAUGUUGUACUCGUUCUUCAUGGCCAAGGCUAAAGCGCAGGAACGUCUAGGACUACCCAUGUCCGAAAUCGUGAAGAGGGUCUCGAAGAAGAAGCUUGAACCCCACGUCAAGGCUUUAGUGUUUGAAUUGUGUUGUAACGAUGCUGACGGAAACGAUGUUGAAGUUCCGUAUGUUAAGUAUAAUUUACCUUGAAUGGUUACGUGUUGGCUGCAUUCGCAUUAGGGCAUUUAAUGACAGUUAUUAGGUGUGCACUAAAUUGAACUAUUCUGGGUAUUUAUCAAAUUGUGAUCUUGUAAAUUAUUUAUAUAUUUUGCAAGCAUAAUACAUACUAGAACACGUGUUCGGUAGGAAUUUGUUAUUACUUGCCCAGUGAUUCUCUCACAUGAAUUCAUAUUAUUUGUGUUAUGGCGAGUGAACUUCAAUGAGCUAAUGCAAUAUAAUCGUACGUAUGCUGAUACUGGAAUACAUUGUAGGUUCAGGAUAGUGUUUAUUUUCUUAAAUAUUUUGAUGUGUGAAAUUUAAUAAAUAUGUUUUCAACAUUA